UUUAUUUCCCCCAUCACCACAUCCCUCGUCCCACCCUGUCCCGCAGACUGUGAAUGAAAGCAGCCAGCAGUUGUGGACAAGGCUGGGGGGGAGAGGAGUACAAGGGAUUAGAAGGGGGUGGUGACGGAAUCCUGGAGAAAUGAAGAGAAAAGAAGCUUUUGUCCGGGACCAGAUAACUUAACGCCGUCACACCCCCUCCCCAUGACUACAUUGGCACAGUCCUUCCCAUCCCCUGCUGCUAAUCCCCCACAAAACAUUACUUUUUUUUUCGCUCUCUCAUUUUCCCGGAGAGUGCCUGAAAUUCCAACACUUCCUGCCAGGAACCUCCCGUCUCCGUCUCUCUCUCCGUCUCUCUGUCUGUCUGUCUGUCUCUCUCUCUCUCUCUCUCUCUUCCCCUCCCUCCCCCUCUCCUCCCUCCCCUUCUUUUACCCUCCCUACCCUCAAAUCCAACCCCCCUCCCCACCUACCCCGGAGAGAAUUGUUUGAAAGAAAUGUUUCGCUCUGUGCUGUGGAUACUCUGCUUCGGAUCCACGACUGCAGCGAGUGGAUCACAGAUCAUGGAGCAGCCACAAGAUCAGGUGGUGGUGGCUGGAGACAGUGCCCUCCUCUCCUGCGCUGUAUUCAACUACUCCGGUAUUGUCCAAUGGACCAAGGAUGGACUGGCACUCGGAAUGGGGAACGGACUUCCAGCGUGGCCUCGGUAUCGGAUUGUGGGCGACGCGGAAAAAGGGGAACACAAUCUGCAGAUCCAGGACGCGGAGCUGUCGGAUGAUGCCGUCUAUGAGUGUCAAGCUACAGGAGUUGCCCUCAGGUCUGACACAGCAACAUUGACUGUGCUGGUUCCCCCCGACGAGCCGGUGAUUGAUGGAGGCCCAGAGAUCUUGCUGAGGGCUGGCUCCACGUACAACCUGACCUGCCGAGCCAGUGGAGCCAAACCGGCCGCACACAUCGUCUGGCAUCGAGACGGCGCCGCCCAGGAUGGGGCGGCCACCUCCAAGACGGUGAUGGAUGAUGGGAAGCGGGAAACCACCACCAGCAUCCUGACUAUCAGCCCGACUGACCUGGAUAUCGGACGGCGCUACACGUGUCGUGGCAGCAACAAGGCUCUGCCGGGGGGCAAGGAGACAACAGUGCGACUCAACGUGCACCACCCACCAUCUGUCACCUUGUCAAUCCACCCCCAGAAAGUGCGAGAAGGAGAGCAUGUGGUCUUCACCUGCACAGCCAAUGCCAACCCUGCCAUCAAAGCAUACAGGUGGGCGAAGGGUGGUCUGCUCAUUGAGGGAGCGCGAGGCAGUGUGUUUGAGACGUCGGUGGACCACACAUACUUCACAGAGCCUGUCUCCUGCGAGGUGCAGAAUGCAGUGGGAAGUACGAACGUCAGCUCGCUGGUCGAUGUGGAGUUUGGACCACGUAUGGUUGAGGAGCCAGUGACGACAACAGCUGAUAUGGGGGACAGUGUGGUGCUCAGCUGUGUGUGGGUGGGAAACCCGCCAUUGACCUUGACGUGGACAAGGAAAGGAUCCAAUGUGGUGCUGAGCAACAGUAACCACCUGUACCUGAAGGCCAUCACCCAGGCGGAUGCAGGACCGUACGUGUGCAAGGCCAUUGUCCCUCGUAUCGGGGUCGGCGAGAGAGAGGUCAUCCUCAAGGUCAAUGGCCCUCCAAUUAUAUCGAGCGACGGUGUCCAGUAUGCGGUGGAGGGUAGUCGUGGACAAGUGGAGUGUUACAUCGCAAGCUCACCUCUCCCAGACCGUAUUGCAUGGGCUUGGAAAGAGACAGUGUUGGAGUCAGGCACGUUCGAGAGGUACAUGGUGGAGACAGUGGGGACUGUCUCGGGUGUCCGAUCCACCCUCCUCAUCAGCAAUGUUGCUGAGUCAGACUUCGAGACUCUCUACAACUGCACUGCCUGGAACUCCUUUGGCCCCACCACUGCCCUGAUCCAGCUUGACAAACAAGAUGUGCUUCCCAUAGGAAUCAUCGUUGGCAUCACAGCCGGGCUCGGGAUCCUGCUCAUCCUGGUCCUGACCAGCGUGGCUGUCCUCUUGUAUCGGAGACGUAAACGCAGUCGGAAAGAUGUGACCCUGGGGAAACAUGAUAUUAAAGUGGAGACGGUGAACAAAGAGGAUCCACUGAGCAGCAAGGAACUUGAAGAAGAUGACUCCAGCAUUUCCACAGCCACUCGUGUCAUGAAAGCUGUGUACACGGCAUUCAAAGAGGACAUCGAUCUGAAGUCAGAUCUGCGCCCCGACAUCAUCGACACACGAGAGGAGAGUGAACUCAAGGACCCGACCAAUGGUUACUACAACGUGCGGGGACAAGAGGAGCGGCCGGCAUCACGGACCCUGCUGUACACUGACUACAGACCAACCGCGGGGCCGCGCUUCGACCCACGUCCCCCGUCCCGUCUUUCACACGCCAGCGGCUACGCCCAGGCUCCAGGUGUAUCCUCACUCGGGGGCUCGGCUUUCGGAAGACUGCCCGACUUUCCCAGCGAGGGCGGCGCCGACGCAGUCAGCCAACUAUCGUACGAGCCCUUCGCCUACCCGCAUUACGGCCUGGCCGUCUAUGGCCGACCCUACGACCCCUUCGACACCGCUCAUAAGUUCGGCGGGGCCGCCCGUUUCUCCUACUCAUCCUCGCAGUCCGAACACGGCAGGCCCUUCCAGCAACGCAUGCAGACUCACGUCUGAUGGGUCGCCCCAAAAAACCAACCAUGGCUCCACCCAACACAACCCUCGUUCCACAACCCAGGCCACAGAUGGACCAAGCCCUUCAUGUUAACAUAACCCUACCCUCAUCCAACCUCUCCAGGUUUCCACUCCACCCCCACCACAUACUCAUGUCUGAGAGUCCCACAUCCCAACCCCCAAUACACCACGCUUGAGCAACCACCACCCCAUCCACCACUAACAUAAACACACAUCAAUGUGCACCAACCUCAUUCCUCCCGAUACAACCACUUUUCCCAGCACCCUCACCCACUACCCCAACCCACCCCACCCACUCCUACGCACCCCUCCCAUACCCAUUGCAGACCUUUGCCUAAGCGUACCCCACCUCCACCUGUGUCCGGGACUACCUACAAUCUGUGUUGCCCACACCCCGGGCUGGAGUGAAGACCGCUCGGGGGAGGCUGGCAUACAAGGGGGAGGAGAGUGGACAUGACUGGACCGACCCCAUCCACCCAGCAGGUGCCUUUCGAAUUGUGACCAAUCAGUGUUGAAGUGGGAAAAGAGCCGGCACCACUCAACAGUCGGAAGACGGAGAAUCCGGGAAUCAAGUUGGGUCCUUGAUCUAAGCCACUGCUCCCUCUUUCCGUUUCUCCACCUUUUUUGCUGUGAUUCCCUCCUUCCCCUUUCUCUCCUAUUACAUUCCUACCAUCCCCCACUCCGCAACCCUUCUCCUAAUCCCCUCCUCCACAUCCCCUCCCCCACCUCUUCCCAUCGCCCCCCACCCCCACCUUUCCUUAUCCUCGUCCUUUUCCCCUGCCUCUCCCCAUACAUUAGGCUCGAAGGGCCGAAUGGCCUACUUCUGCACCUAAUUUCUAUUUCUAUACCUCCCACACUUCUCCCCUGACCCACCUCUCUCAUUCUCCCCUCCCACCUCUCCCAUUCAUUCAGAUGCAUUCCUCUCUCCAACCCAGUUCCCAUCAGGGAACCAAAGGCCUGUCCUUCCUGGAUCUGUGACCUCGGGGGGGAUAGCUACCCUUCGCUUUCCAACUGUGAGUGUGCGCUGCCUCAGCGACCCACCGCGAGAGCAUGUAUAUAUUUAUACUUCCUCUGGUCGUCUAUUUUAUAUAAACCGUGUGUGUGAGUGUGUAUGGACACAGGCGAGAGGAUGUGAAUAUAUAUAUUAUUAUAUAUAAGCAGGGGACAAGCCCCUCUAUAUCAAAACAGAGCUUCCAAUUGUAUCACAACAGAUGGACAACGACCCGUGUGCGACAUGAGGAACAUUCCAGAUGGUGGUGAGAGAUCAGGAACGUGACCAAUCCACCAAUCAUUGACCAUUCUCCUGAAUAACCUCUCCCUCGCAAAAGGCAUGUGACAGGACGCAUCAUCCCGUGCGCCUUCCUCGGUGCUGUGUGAUAGGGAUGUGUAGAGUUGCUUCACUCUGUAUCUGUAAGGUGCCCUGGGAGUGUGUGAACGAGACAGGGUAAAGAGAGCUUCACUCUGCAAUGUUUCCUGCCCCUGCACUUAGUCUGAGGACCACAAUCCCAGACCACAGUUCCACGAGUCCGGCGGGUACUUCCCCUUCGAUCAGAGGCCGUGCCCCUGUCGACAGGUUGGGGGAGAGUGUCAACCCUUGCCCACUGCCCUUCGCAUGUGGCAGUUACCGCCGUGUUUGGGCUGUCACCAUUGAGAGAACGACCUCAGUUGUAAGUUUUGAAGUUGAUUUAAAACUAUUAAAAUUGAAUAUUAAAGGU